AUGGUUCUUGACACCAUUCUGUCAUCCUCUUCUCCUCGUUUAAAGGCUCCAUCUAUCCGUAGACCCAAGGAUGGACUUGGUAGUUGGUCAACACUUUUCCAGAGGCACCGCUACCUCUUAUCUGCUCUCGUGCUCCUUACUAUUCUAUGCACUGUUUAUCUUUACUUCGCAAUCACUAUAGGAAGUGGCUCCUGUUCUGGGUUGAGUGGAGCACAGAAAGCUUCAUGCCAUAUGGAGCUUGUCAAGGAUUCUAUUUCCAAUGGAAAACUGAAAUUUCUUUAA